UUGAGUAGGCAGUGCUGCGCUGAAAUGAAGCAGUUUCUCUUUCUCUUCUGUCGUGAUCUGUGAGAUACGAGUGUUUAAAUAACUAAACCGAAAGAGCCGAUAUGAGAGGAGAGACGAGGAGCUGACCGGCGCUGAGACUGAAGUGUGAUGGACGUGUGGAUCCCUGUAGACCCGGAGCCGAUGACGGGUCUGUCUAUGUCUGAGUUCAGCUGUCACUGCUGUUACGAGGUGCUGGUCGAUCCCACCACACUCACCUGUGGACACAGCUUCUGCCGCCACUGCCUGGCCACAUGGUGGGCGUCCGCUCUCCGGACCGACUGCCCAGAAUGCCGAGCGGUAUGGCAGGGCUUUCCCAAAGUCAACAUCCUGCUCCGACACACAAUGAAACAGCCUGUGUGUGUGUGUGUGUCAGGGAUGCGGUGGAGAGGCUGUUUCCCGCUGAUAUCAGCCGACGGAAACAGGCCGUCCUGAGCGAUCCGCGGCUCCGUCAUGUUCUCCAGGCCUUCCAGCAGCAGGGGAAGAGAGAGGCCCCUCGCGCAGCUCUGCCACAGAACCCACCGCUGUUUAAUUUACUGAACCGACCACCGUUUAAUAUGGUGAAUCCACCACAGAUCAACAUCAGAGAGUUUCUGGCUGGAAUCAGGACAGCGCUGUGCUGCAUAGCUAUCGUGUUGUUAGUGUACCGUGCGUUCAGUACCAGCUCCAGUCAUGAUGUGCUGCUCAGUAAACCACUCAGCAGGUGGAGCGCUGAUGAUGUCACUCUGUGGGUGGAGCAUCUGAGUGUCUGGACCAAUCAGUACAAACAAACCUUUCUCAGGGAACAGAUCAAUGGCAGAACGCUGUCUGCUCUCAGUGAUGAAGAUCUGUCUGCGGCUCCGUUCAGCAUCAGGAAUCAGUCUCACAGACGGAUCAUCCUGGAGGAGCUGCACAGACUCAAAGAGCGCCGAGUCUCACUCAACCUCUGGCAGUACAAGGAUCUGCAUUUAGGGAAGACUCUGUUUCUGCUGUUGAGUUUGCACAGAUUUCCCCGGCUGACGCUGCUCUAUCUGUUUCUGUUUGAUUAUGACGACACAUUUCUGCCCUUCAUUUACACCAGUUGCCCUGCACAAACAACCGCAGCAACGCAAGACAGCCUGACCGACACACCGCUGGACCGUCCGGGUUGGCGUCAGUGGGCGGAGUUUCUGCUCAUGUACUUCCUGUUGCCCUAUCAGCUGCUGUCUGCGUUCGCCUGGCACUGGCUGAGCGUUCAUAACUGGACGACACGCAUCGUCAUCUUUCACGCUCUGUUACUGUCCGUGCAGGACGUGUAUUUCUUCUGGACACUGUUGAAGAGAGGAGAGAUGAGGACGCUCCCUGUGAGGGUUUGGCAUGAGGUGUUAGCAGAGAUACUGGACUCGUCUCUGUUUGUGCUGCUGUGGCCACUGAUGCCUCUGUUCUUCUGGAACUUUCUGUUCUACUUCAAUCUGUACGUCUGCCCCUUCAACACUGCAGUGCUGGUGAAACGAACAUUCCUGCAGACGGACACACAACAGCAGAGGAUCUGAAACACAUACUGUCAUGCUGGGACUUUACUUUCGGACUCAUCACACUGCUUUUAUAUGAUUUUCAGUUUUACAGUAUAGUCGGUUUCGGGCUUAUUAUUAUUGAAUAAAACCGCUCAUAUUCAUUUA